AGACCGUAACGCCAUUAAAUCGCGAUUUAUUUCCGAGCUCAAAAAAAAAAUUCUUUAAUUCAUUUUAAACGCUCUUAAUAAACCGCGAUUUAAUGACAACUCGAUUUGCAUUCCUAAUGGGGUGCGGAUCGCGUUUUUAAUUUAUAAAAAAUAUCGUAUUCAGUGUAGUGUUAAAAUCAUUAGGUCGAUCGACCGGGUGCGCGAGUGUGAGUGCAAAUGACUGAUAGCCCGUUAACACGGGUUGAACUUGACAAAAAAUGUGGACCAAAAGAUUAAAGUUAUGGAGGUUUAUGUUGUGCAUAUUGUUCGCCGUGUCGGCGCUCGCGGUGGCAGCGAGAGCCGAUGACGAGGUACCUUCGGAGUCACAAUGCCGUCCAUACAUCGAAAAAGCUCUGAAAGAGCUCGAAUCGGGGGACGUGGAACCAGAUUCCACGGAAAAAAACGACAGUAGUGAAGUAAGUGUAGAUGACGAUACGACGGAAGCAAAAUCAGAUGAAGACUUAAGUGAUGGAAAAGACAGUAAAGAAGAUGACGGGCCAUCUGUAGAAGUAGCAGACGAACCUUAUGUACCUCAAGCAUCAGUCGAAGAUUUACAAACUGAAGGUGACGACAAAUCAAAAGAAGACGAGUCAAUGGAAGUUAAGGAUGACGAGAGUACAGAACAACAACAAGGAAACGACCAAGACGAUAACGGAGACAGCAAAGAAAAUGCAUCCGCUGAAGACCCAGCUGAACAAGAUAGUAGCGAGGACAAAAAUGAAACCAAAGAAGAUGAGGCAAAUGACAGUGCAGAUGCAAAGGAUGAUGAUGAUAAUGACGACAGCAAAGAAGAGAAAGGAAGUGAAAAUGACGAUGAUGGUGAUAAUAGUAAUGAAGCUGAUGAUAAAUCCGACGAAACUCCCGAUGUGUCUGUAGAGGAUAAAGAUGAUGAUAAGACACAAGAAAACGAUGAUGAUGAUGGAUCUCAAGAAAAGGCUGAAGAUCAAAACGAAAACGAUGCAGCAGAUGAUGAUUCCAAAGAAUCAAAACAAGAAUCUCAAGAAGCAAAAGAUGAUUCUCAAGAAGACAAUAAAGAAUCUGCAGAAGAUAACCAAUCUGAUGACAAAGAUGGAGAAUCAGUAGAAGAAGCUGCCAAGCCUAAAGAAGACAGUAAAGAGGAUGACGAUGAUAAAUCCAAAGAAGAAGCUGAUGACGGUUCCGAAGAAGGUAAAGAAGACGAUAAUGACGGUAAAUCAGAAGAAGAUACACAUGAAAAGGUAGAAUCUGAAACUACUGACCCAGAUAGUUCAGAAAAUGCUGACGGACAAGACGACACUGAUACCACUGAAGAUAGUGUGGAAGAGAAAGAUGCUGACGACACAAAUGAAGAUGAGUCCGAAGAAGAAGGCACGCCUGAAGAAGACUUACUGAAGACUGGAGAUAUCCCUGAAAACUUAAGAUCCCGCGAUCACAUCACUAAAAUCUUGAGGCUUGAUGAGGAAGAGAAUGAAGCCGAACAGAUAAUCGAGAGAUCAGCUGACAUUGUUCUCAGAGAACUGAAGAGGCUAUACGAAAACUCAAUCAAGCCCUUAGAAGUACUAUACAAAUACAGGGAUUUGAGCAACAGACAUUUCGGAGACCCGGAAAUAUUUUCAAAGCCUUUAGUUCUAUUUAUGGGACCUUGGAGUGGAGGAAAAUCAUCUAUUUUGAACUAUUUGACAGGGCUGGAAUUUACCGAGUGGUCUCUGAGAACUGGCGCUGAGCCUUCACCGGCGUAUUUCAAUAUUCUUAUGCACGGCAAAGAUCCCGAAGUAUUGGACGGAACUCAGCUAGCUGCUGAUUGGACAUUUGCUGGACUGCAAAAGUUCGGGCAAGGCCUAGAAGAGCGACUUCGAGGUCUUAAAUACCCUAGCAAGAUAUUAGAAAAAGUGAACAUUGUUGAAAUACCUGGCAUUCUUGAAGUGAGGAAACAAGUGUCACGAGUGUUCCCAUUCAAUGACGCCUGUCAAUGGUUCAUCGACCGAGCCGACAUCAUUUUCCUCGUGUACGAUCCCUCCAAGCUGGACGUCGGACCAGAAACAGAAGCUAUUCUUGACCAACUCAAGGGCAGAGAAUCACAGACUCGUAUCGUGCUCAACAAAGCGGACACGGUGAAACCUGAAGAGCUGAUGCGCGUCCAGAGCGCUCUCAUCUGGAACAUAUCGCCGUUGAUGAGUUCAGCGCAGCCGCCGGUUAUGUACACGGUGUCGCUGUGGUCGAUGCCGUACGAGCCCGGAGCGCCGCAGCGGCUGCUGCAGGCUCAGGAGCGCGAGCUGCUGAAGGACCUGCGGCAAGCCAUCGACAGGCGCAUAGAGAACAAGAUCGCCAGCGCACGGAGAUUUGCGGUGCGUGUCAGAAAUCAUGCCAAAAUGGUUGAUUGCUAUCUGACCACUUAUUACAAUCACAAGACUAUUUUCGGAAACAAGAAACUCAUCGCGGACGCCAUCAUCGAAAACCCUCAGAACUAUCACAUAUAUGAAGGACUGAGCACGCUCACGAAUAUUUCAAGAUAUGAUUUGCCUGAUCCAGAGACAUAUCGCGACUUCUUCCGUCUCAACCCAGUGUACGAGUUCCAACAGCUGUCUGCCACCUGCACGUACUUCAGGGGUUGCCCGAUCACCCGGCUCGAUGUAGCCAUCGCUUACGACCUGCCCGAGCUGGUCGGAAAAUACAAGAAAAUGGUCGAAACAUCCACGCCACAAGGAAUGCCCAAGAGUUGAUACCCCCUGCGAACGAACGAAAAUUGCGCACCAUUAACACAACACGCUUUUUAAUAAAAAAAAGGAAAAAAGAAUUGGACAAUAUCAUUUUGGGCACAGUAUGCAUUUCUUAUUCAAUUGGGCAUCAAAAUAUUUUCUUUCUUUUAUUUUGUUUCAUCGCAUUUCUAUUGUUAUUAUUAUGUUUUGCUUAAUAUUCUGCUUGUUCCUAUUUUCCGGUGAGCGACGCGAUGUGAAUGAGUUUAUAAAUAUGUGAUUUAUAUUUUCUUUUCGUGCGUUUAUUAGUUGUGAUACAUGAUAUAAAAGCAAGACAUCUUCCAAUUAUUUAAUUAACACAAUUUUUUGUACGAUUCUCGGAGAAAAAUGAUUAAUAUAAUCUAGUCAUUAUGUUAAAGUUUGUUAGUGAAAUUUUGUUAGGUUCUUUUAUUUAUUUAAUUUAAUGAAGUCGAGGAGUUCCUGUAACAUUAGGGCUAAUCCCCAUUAAACGAUCUUUGCCUUACUUCUUUGUUAGUUAUUUAUUGUAAUAUUGAAAUAAAACUAUUUAAGU